AUGGCUGGACUCUGGAGGAUUGAGGCAGCGGCACUCAAGAGCGCUCUAGGUCCGGGACUGGGCCCUAGAAGCGGAGGACGGGCGGCGUUCGGGGUGCCCUCUCAGCCCCAUCGGCAGCCCCUCGGCAGCCCAGAGGUUCUGGACCCAAGGGAGCGUUCAGCAGUGAGGAGCACGGGGGGCAUACGCCAAGGCCACUCAGCCCACGCGACACUCGUGUACCGUACGCGAGCACGCACAUCACAUCUGGGGACCGGCCUGGUCUAG